AGAGCUGCUGUUAAGCGCCGAGCAAGUCCAACCAGCAUUGCCGUUGGGCUCUGGCAAAGAACGCUUAGGCAGAUCGCAUCUGCGGUAAUUGAAUUUGAUUGGAGCAGCCUGAGUUCCGUUCGGAGAAGUGAGGAGAAAAGGUUAAAAAAAGAAGACAGAACACGUGCGACACUUUCCGCUCUCUCCAUCUACAACUACUUUUCCCAGCAUACGCUGUUCCGCCAGCAACGGGCGUAUUUUGCGCAACAGCCUCUUUCUAGCUAUUAUUUAUAUCGAGUAGUCGAAUAAUCUCUGCUCUUUACAAUAUGGCGGCCAAGCCGGGCGAAGAAAACGUCGCCACUCUUUUCGGCGACAUUCACUACUUUUAUUCAGGAGAGGAAGUCAAGCCACGCCAUCACAGAUUCGAUAAAGGCUCCUACGUGUAUCUCUUUGAGAAUGCAAGCGACCGCCGCUGUCGCAUAGAGAUUGCCAACCACCCUGGUUCUGACGACCAGGAUGCCUUUGACGGCUUUCUUGACCAGACUCACGUCAAAUACUCGUACAAGCAGCACUGCAUGGUGUCUUUGACCGUAGCCGACAGCGUCAACCAGAACGAAUGGCAUCUGCCCACCUUCGACCCCAAGAACGAAAACAAGUACCAUUACAAGCUCCAGUCUCUCGAUAUCUACUUUUGGACACAGCAGGAUGCUCUCCAAUUUGUCAACGGCGUCCGCAGAGUGCUGCCGCCUGCGCAAGUCGAAGUCUUGGAUGAGCCUGGACCACCUCCCAUGACUUCGGUGGUGCAAAAGCUUGAGAACGCCGCCAUCUCCGAUCCGACAUAUGGCAACGUCCAGAAGUCGACACAGGAUCCCGCAUCUGCAUCUACAGCCGCAUCUGCGGGCAGUUUGCCUCCUCCCCCGCCACCACCUCCAGCCGGCGCUCCUCCAGCAGCCAACUUUGCGCCCAUGGCCUAUAACCCUGCUGCACCAGCCGCCCCGGAAGCCUUUCAACAUCGUGAAAAGACACCUCCCCCAGACGAAGAUCCCCUGAACCCGUUGGCUGUAGCUGUGGCACAUGACUAUGGAGGCCAGCCCUUCACACCAGGGCUUCCUCCACCACAGUUCCCGCUUAGCCCAGGAUUCGCGCCGCAGACUCUGGCAGCUGCACGCAACCGCGGUGGUAUCCCUCCUGGACAAGGUUUCAACAGAGGCUCGUCUUUGUCUGCACAGGGUGGCCUUGCGUCGCCAAGCUUGAAUGGCUCGUUCCAAGCCCAGGCUGCCGCGCCAUCCUCAUUUGCCCCUCCACCUACAGCAGCAACCUCCGCGUCUGUCCCGCCUCCUCCACCAAACCCACCACCACAGCAGCAACAGCAUCAGCAACAGUCUGCACAAGGGUACAGCUCGUACAGUAUCCAGGGCCGUCAACAGGCACCGAUGGGCGCUAUGGACUACUCAAUCCACCAACAGGCAUACCGACCGACCGAGCUGGAAUCUGCGGGACACAAGCCUCAUGUUUAUACCCCCAAGGAUGGAGCACGCGGUAAGCUGGAAGAGAAUGCAGCACGUCUUGAAAAGGGUGUUACUGGCAUGUUUAAGAAGUUUGAAAAGAAGUUUGGUUGAGCAAUUGCCAAGUUCUGGAUGUAGAAGAAGGGUACAUGUGCAAACAAGUCUUUCGGAGUACGGAUUGAAGGAUGUAGCCAGUUUAUUUAAUUGAAAUAUAUAGUCAUUGUUUAUUUUCCUAUUUACGUAUAAUUCAUACAUAUAUAGCCGUUUUUCCAUGUACGUAUAUAUACCGUAUGGUUUAAACACCGGUGAUCUUGAUCCAGCUGCGGAUCUCGGGGUGACCGACGUCGGCGUAGGUGCCGGGGUCAUCAGCACCGGCGCACUCGAGACCGCCAGAGACGGUACCAGCGAGCUUGCCGUUGACAACGAGGGGACCGCCGCUGUCGCCGUAGCAGGAGCCGAUGCCGCCGCCAGGGUUGAGGGCGCAG